AUGACACCGUUUGAGGCCUUGUAUGGGCGGAGGUGCAGGACUCUGUUAUGUUGGUAUGAAACUGGAGAGGUGACUCUAUGUGUGUCGGAUAUGAUCCAAAGGCAGAAUGAGCAAAUCAGAAUGAUCAGAGAUAAAAUGAAGGCUGCCCAAGAUCGACAGAAGAGUUACUAUAAUAGGAGACGGAAGCCGUUGGAGUUCCAAUUGGGUGACCAUGUGUUUCUAAAGGUCUCACCUAUAACCAGAGUGGGGAGAGCUCUGAAGUCUCAGAAGUUGUCUCCUAAGUUUAUUGGGCUGUUUGAAGUGUUGAGUAGGAUUGGUCCUGCUACAUAUCGGAUCGUGUUGCCUCCGAAUCUCUCGAAUCUACAUCUGGUGUUCCAUGUGUCGCAGCUUAGGCAAUAUGUGUCGGAUCCGUCCCAUGUGAUAGAUCUUGACCCGGUUCAAGUGAGAGAAGACUUGUCGUAUGAUGUGUACCCGGUGAGGAUUGCUGACCACUGUGUUAAACAACUGAGGGACAAGGACAUCUCAUUGGUGAAGGUAAUAUGGAGCUUAAGUGAUGAGGGAGAUGUCACAUGGGAAACGAAGAGUAGAAUGAGAGAAUUGUACCCCGAGGUUGUUUUUGUAGUUUGCUGCAAUCUGUGUAGGGAGCACAUCCGUGGUCGAAUCCGAGUGUGGGUCUUCAAAUUUAAGGUAAAGGGGACUCUACCUAUCUCAAAUGUGUUGUAA